AGGUCCGGGCAGCAGCCGCUCCGCACUUUUGUUUUCGCCAAUUGUCCUGCGUUAGAGUUGGAGUCGGCUUACUUGACAAGAAUCAAGGCACCAGUCAGGACGGACCAUCGAUUUCCAGUUUAGAAAUGAUUUUGGAUUUUGGAGUGCGUAACUUGCGCGUCGUUUUCGACUCCCCGGAGCUGAAUUCGCCUCCGGUGUACAGCAGCGGGGAUGUGGUUUCGGGGAAGGUGCUUCUGGAACUCACCGGGGAGACCAAGGUGCAUUCUCUGAAGCUGCACGCCGAGGGCUUCGCCAGGGUGCACUGGACCGAGUCCCGCAGUGCCGGGGCUAGCAGUGCUUAUACCCAGAACUACAGCGACGAGGUGGAGUAUCUGAACCACCGGGAGGUGCUUCUGCAGGCAGAGAAUGGAGAUGUAACAGUGUUGCAGUCGGGCAAACACGAAUUCCCGUUCAGUUUCCAGCUGCCUGAAGAGACACUGGUGACCUCGUUCGAAGGCAAGUAUGGCAGCAUUCGCUACUGGGUGAAGGUGAAGCUGCAUCGACCCUGGGCCGCUGUGAGGAAGGUUAAGAAGGAGUUCACUGUUAUAGAGCCUAUUGACAUCAACACUCCGGCCUUGCUGGCCCCCCAGGCAGGGACCAAAGACAAGAUGGCACGCGUGUGGUACCGUAACUGUGGCCAGGUGUCUGUGACGACCAAGAUUGACCGCAAAGGCUACACCCCUGGUGAGGUGAUCCCGGUCUUUGCGGAGUUUGACAACGGCUCAUCCUGUUGCGUGGAGCCCAAGGCGUACAUCACCCAGACGCAGACAUUCAUCGCCAGGGGCACCAUGAAGCAGAAGCACUCUGUGGUCGUCACGCUUAGGGGUGACAGGGUGGGUCCCCGCUGCAGGGAGACCUGGCAUGGACGCGCUAUCAAGAUCCCCCCGGUGGGUCCUUCUGUCCUGCAGUGCCGCAUCAUCAAAGUGGAGUACUCGCUCAAGGUGUGCGUGAAGGUCCCCGGGCCCUCAAAGCUGUGCCUUGACCUGCCGCUGGUCAUGGGCACCAUCCCUCUGCACCCCUUCGGCAGCCGCACCUCCAGCGUCAGCAGCCAGUACAGCCUGAACCUGGAGUGGCUCCGCAUGGGCAUCCCCGAGCGUCCUGAGCCUCCCCCAGAUUACAGCGCCAUCAUUUCCGACGAGGAGGCAGAGCAGAACAUGGCCCCUCCGCCAGCCGAGGAGGACUUCGCUGGGGUCCUGCAGCGCCCCUACUUUGCUUACGUUCAGGAGUUUCGCUUCCGGCCUCCCCCAGUCUAUAGUGAGGUGGACCCAAACCCUCAGUCCUCCAACAUGCGCCGCCGCUGCAUGACGUGCUGAAGCAGCUGUGCCCACCUCUGUGGGAUGUGAUGGUCUGUUGGCAGUUUGAGAUCCAUGUUCUCUGGGAUUCUUCUCUGAGACUGAAGCGGAGUCCCAGGAUGGGAUGAGUGUGCUGUGAAGCACAAAGCCGGCGUGGGAAAGUCCUCAGGAGAUGGGACAUCACAUAAACGCCAGUCCCCUAGUCUUUGUCCCCAGCUCAGCUCCCGCCGUAGUCCUCAGGGUCCGACUGACGACAGACUCGGCGGUGUGUCUGUACAUUUUGGGGACUUGAUAAAGAAGCCCUCAUGUAUGCUUUUGGAAGGUAUGGAGGUGGAGGACAGACCCUGUAAACAUCUGCAGCUGAGCUGUUCCCAUAUGUUGGGUGAAACAGUUGAGGGUGGAGCCUGAACGGUGAUCUGUGGAGCCAGCCUGCAAAUGUAUAUGUGCAUAAUCGCAUUUUUUUUUUUUUAAUGUGGAAAAUGCAUAGAUCUGUUGCCUUCAGAAAAUGUUCAAAAUGAAGGGCUACCUGCAUGUCUUGUUGACAUGGCAAAUGGUUCAUUUCAUAAUGGGUGUCAUGGGGGGGGGAGAAGUGCUAGUAAGGAAGCGCAAACAUGGAAAGUGGCGUGCAGGGUGCAUAGCUGCCUGAGCACAGGAUGCCUGUGGGUGUGUCAGUUUGUAAACGCUACAGGAGCAGAGGCUGAUGGAAAGCGUGUAGGUGGUCAAAGGUCACAGGAAGGAACUGUGUGAAAGCAGAACUUGGACAAUCAUUAGAAAGACUGAACCAAAAAAAAAACUAACCAAAGAGUCGCAUUAAGUUGCUGUUGGUGCUUCCCUGGUGCCGUCAGGCAACUCGUGCAUGCAAAAAGCGUGUCGGUGCAGGGAUACAAACAAACCAUGCGCUUGAUGCAAUCGAUCAAAUCCAGCUGCCUUUUGUCAUGUGGGACUUCUGUAAACAUGCAGUUACUCAAUGGCACUUGCAGCUUCAAGUGGGAGAGGCUGUUUUAAAGCGGUUUGGUAUAGAACAUUCCAGCAAGCUUUAAUUUUUAAAUCUUUUCCAUUAAAAUGAUGAAAUGACACGUCCAUUUUGUGGUGCAUGGCAUUCAUCAUAAAUAUUAAUAGAAAAUCUUUUUCCAAUUUUUGUAAAAAGUCAUUUUCUAAUAAACUGAUACAAAGUU